AUGCUCAAGGCUUCGCUCCUCGUUCUGGCACUGGGUCUGACCUACGUCGCCGCUGCUCCUUCCGUUCUCUACCCCAGGAAUAAGCACGACGGGGACGGAAAGAAAUUCGAUGGGAACAAGCCCCCGCCACCCCCUCCCUUCACUCCUCCAGGUGGGAUAGGGCUUAACGAGACACCUCAAUACAUCCCCUUCAGUGACUUUGACUUCCAGUCUCUCAACCUCGCGCUCAACCAAGAAUGGAUCGAGCUCGACCUCUUCCACUACGGCCUUGCCCGAUUCUCCGUCGAGGAUUUCGAAGCCGCAGGUCUCAACGCCGAAGACCGCUUCCUCAUCCAAUUCAUGGCCGACCAAGAAGUCGGACACGCCACCCUCAUCUCCAACAUGCUCCAAGGCCGGGGCGCCAAGCAGUGCCGCUACCAGUACCCCUUCCAAACCGUGCGCGAGUUUGUCGAUUUUUGCCAAAAGCUGACUCGCUUUGGUGAGAGCGGUGUGUAUGGGUUCUUGGAGCAUCUGGAUUCCCGGGCGGCUGCUACGCUGCUUUUGGAUAGUAUUACGACGGAGGCUAGGCAGCAGAUGAUAUUCAGACAGUUUGAGGGGCUGUUCCCGAUGCCUGUGUGGUUUGAGACUGGGAUCUCCCAGAGUAUGGCGUGGACCCUUCUUGCUCCUUACCUCGUUGAAUGUCCUGCCGAGAAUCCUAGGAUCGAAUGGCAGAACUUCCCUGCCUUGACCAUUACGAACAAUCCCGACGCCACUCCUUACGUCGACAACAAUGUCCCUGGCGAAGACACAACUCCUGCCAUCACACACAACCGCUCCGAACCUCUUUCCUUCCCCGGUCGCACUGUCGAGUUCACCUGGGAGAGCCCAGGCAAGACUGUCAGCUACAACAACAGCUACACUACAUCAUCGUCUGCCGGUGCUCCUCAGUUCGUAGCCUGGAUAUCACAACUCAACACGACUUACACACCGCUCGAAAAUAUUCAAGGCAACUCUGGCAGUACGAUUCAACCUGGUGGACGCGUCUUUGGUGAUAACACUGCCCCGAUUGUUAAUGGAACCAUGUUCGUCGCCAUCGUCGAUACCGACCUUUAUGUCACACCGUUCAACUUGUCGAAACUGAACCCACAUAUUGUUGCCGGUCCCGCUUUGUAUCAGAGCGGUUAG